AUGUUUGAGCUGGCAUACCACUCAACGGAAAAAAGAAAUAAAACAAAUCAUAUUGAUUGUACAGAUAUAGUUGAGCUGAAUAUUUCAGCAAGAGAAAUAUCUCAAGAUGAAAGAUCCCCAGACAAAAUGACUUCUAAUGAUACAGUAAAUGUAUCAACUAUUGCAAACCUCAUGCAAAAACAGUGCAAAGCAACACUUUACACUAAUUGUUUACUUAAACAAUUAUUACAACCCAUUAAUCCAACUGUCCAACCAGCUAGUUUAAAAGAUGUUGUUGAAAUGGAAAAUAAGUUGAAUGGUCUAGCAUUUAAUGAAAAAUCGCUUAAGACAAUGUGA